AUGUCAGACGAGGAGUUCCCCAUGACUGGUGGCAUGGGCGACAUGGGUGAUGACAGUGACAUGGACAUGCCAAGCGGCCUUCCAGAGGGCGUGGAGAAGGAAAUCAUCACGGAUGCCCCAGCUGGCAACUACAAGCAGCCCAAAUCGGGCGAUGAGGUCACAGUGCACUACGUGGGCACUUUGGCCUCUGAUGGCUCCCAGUUUGACAGCUCCCGAUCUCGGGAGAAGCCCUUCAACUUCACCUUGGGGAAGGGUCAAGUGAUCAAGGGCUGGGACUUGGGCGUGGCCACCAUGAAGAAGGGGGAAGUCGCCAAGUUCACCCUCUCCCCGGACCGGCGGAGAGACUACGCCUAUGGCGCCAGCGGGUCCCCCCCUGCGAUCCCGGAGAAUGCCACGCUGGUCUUCGAAGUGGAGCUCAUCGACUGGGUCUCCAAGGACGACCUUUUUGGAGAUGGAGGGGUGAUCCAACUCCAGGUGGCAGAGGGCAGUGGCUGGAAGUCGCCAAAAGAGGACAGUGAGGUGAGACUUUCUUUGAAGGCUUUGAACAUGGAUGGCAGUCUCAUUGAAGACAAAGGCUCCAUGGAGUAUGUCAUGGGCUCCGAGAUCUUGGGGAUCUGGGGCAAGACAGUGGAGAAGGCCCUGUUGAAGAUGAAGAAGGGUGAAGAGAGCAAGCUCACCUGCAACAACUCAACCUAUGCAGGCGACAGCCAUCCUGAUGGCCUUGUGCUGGAGCUGAAGUUGGAAGAGGUUUUUGAGGUGACGGAUGUCUCCCCAGCCAAGGACAAGUCCAUGAUGAAGAAGCAAAUCAAGGAAGGCGAGGGCUAUGAAAAGCCCAACGACGCGGCCAAGGUGGUGCUGAACGUCGAGAGCGCCCAGACCGCCGGGGACCUCGCCGGCUUUGCGGCCAAGACCUUGGAGUUCACCUGUGGUGAAGGCCACGUGUGCGAUGCCUUGGAGUUUGCCGUGAGCGCCAUGAAGAAGGGCGAGAGGGCGGUCUUGACGGUCGCCGGCUGUGAAGAACCUCAGUUGGGGCUCAAGAGCUCGGAGAAGGUGAUCUUGACUUUGGAGCUCACAAGCUUCGAGAAGGCCAAGGACACCUGGGAUAUGUCUGAGGAGGAGAAGGUGGAGUAUGGUGCAGCGCGCAAGGACGUGGGCGCCAAUCUCUUCAAGGCGGCACGCUACCAGUUGGCCAUGGAGCGAUACAAGAAGGUGGCAGAUCUCUUCAGCUGCCCGAAGUGCGAACCUGUGCGAGAAGCGAAGUGCGAGUUCCCGUUGAUUUCGAAGGCCUGCACACUGAACAAGGCUGCCUGCCAGUUGAAGCUGGAGCUUUAUAGUGAUGCAAAGGCCUCCUGCAGCACCGUGCUGAAGGACAGCGCCAACAACGUGAAGGCACUCUUCAGAAGGGCCCAGGCGGAGUUUGGCUUGAAGAACUACUUGGAUUGCGUUAAGGAUGUGAAGAAGAUCCUGGAACUUGAGCCCAACAACCGGGAGGCUCGGGCAUUGGCGAAGAAUGCUCAGGCGGGGCAGAAGGAGGAGGACAAGAAGUCCAAAGGCCUCUUUGGAAAGAUGUGCAAGGCUCUUGGCAAGGGGCCCAUCCCAGAGCCCUACAAGGAUGGUCGAGACACAGGGUUUGGGAGAAAAACCAUAGCGACCAUUGGGUCAUCAUUGGUCGCAUUUUGGCAUGUGUCCAUGAGCAUUGGUCGAAGAAGGACAGUUUCCCCAAGGGUACCCAGCAUGUCCCAGGUAGCUUAG